CCUCCCGAGCUCCCUCCCAGUUUCUGUCUUCUUUCAGUCGGACCGUUUUGCUGCAGUAAACGUUAGCCGUUGGAGACGGCAAAAAAGGCAAGAAAACCAACAAAAAAGAAAGAAAACCGAUAAGGAAGCGCGAGCCGGACCUUAACGUGAGCAUCAUCAGUGUGUAGAGAUCCAGCACGCAGCAAACGCGGGCUUCACUGGCACAGCAGCUGGGUUGGCUUUCAGCAAGCAUUGCAUCUUCAGGGUUUACAAGUUUGCAGCGUAACGGACAGACGGAUGAGAGAAUUUUUGCAAGUGAAUAUGGCAUUUUCGUCAUUCCCACUUUCUACACUGAUUACCCUGGUGCUUCUUGUGGCAUCUAUUCAGAGCAACUCCAUGUAUGAUGAUGAUGAAGAUCCUUUCCAGCCAGUGACUUCAGAUGAGACAGUGGCUGAGGGAGGUACGGUGACUCUGACAUGUCGUGUGGCUGAGACUGAUAAUUCCUCCCUCCAGUGGUCCAACACUGCACAGCAGACACUCUACUUUGGAGCUAAAAGAGCUCUAAGGGAUAACCGUAUCCAGCUACAUAAGUCCACACCCACAGAGCUGUCAAUCACCAUCUCCAACGUGCAGCUGUCAGAUGAUGGAGAAUAUACCUGCUCCAUCUUCACCAUGCCUGUACGGAUUGCACGGGCCACUGUCACUGUACUCGGAGUACCCGGGAAGCCAGUAAUAACAGGUUUUGAGGAUCCAGUGCAGGAAGAAGGGAGUGUGACACUUACCUGCACCAGCACGGGUAGCAAACCUCCGGCUCAGCUGUACUGGUAUAGAGGACAGGAAAAGCUGGAGGGCCGUCCCAAUGUGGUGGAGUCAAACCCAAAUGAGCCAACAUACACAGUGACAAGUGUGCUCAUGCUGCAGGUGACCAGAAAUGAUAACAAUGCCAUGAUCGGCUGUGCUGUGGACCAUCCAUCGAUCACCAAUGGCGAGAAAAGGACAGAACAGCCUUUGAGCGUGCUGUUCUCCCCAAGUGUCUUGAUUAAGCCUGAGAGUGACCUGCCUCGAGAGGGAGAAAGGUUUUCUCUGCAUUGUGUGGGGAAUGGAAACCCUGAGCCCUUGUCGUUCUUGUGGCAAAAGAAAGAUGCAGAGUUCCCUCCACAGGUGAGGCCUGACGGUGCAUACCUCCGCUUUGAGGCCCUCAACAAAUCCGAUAAUGGAGUUUACUUGUGUCAUGCAGACAAUGGAAUUGGCUGGAAUGAGGGAUCCUACACUCUGUUGGUACAAGACCCCACAGCAAUGACCAGUUCAUCAGGUGUUGAUCAUGCUGUGAUUGGUGGAGUCGUGGCUGUCAUUGUCUUCAUCAUGCUGUGCCUCCUCAUUGUCCUUGGCAGAUACCUCAUUAGACACAAAGGUACAUACCUGACCCAUGAAGCAAAGGGCUCAGAUGAUGCCCAGGAUGCCGACACAGCAAUCAUCAAUGCAGAAGGUGGCCACUCUGGCAUUGAGGACAAGAAAGAAUAUUUCAUCUAAGCAUCCCUCCAUCACACCAUCUUUUCUUUCUUCCCUUGCUUCAGUUCCUUUCAGUCGGAGGAAAUAUAAAAUGACAAGUAAUAGAGUGAACAAAAAUGUGAAACUGAAGAAAGCAGAAAAAUGAUCAGUUUCAGGCUGUUGAAACCAGGGAGUUUUGCACUGACAUCAGUAUUCAACUGUAUACACACACACACACACACAUAUACAUACACACAAAUAGACGGUAUGUCUACAUGCUCUCAGAUAUAUGCCUGUCCCUGGUCACUUCAUAUGCCUCCUAGUUUAUAUUCAAAAAAGGCAAUAUGAUAAGAACAUGUAACUCACAGCGGACAUUUAAUUAACACAUACACAUUUUUACCAAUCUAUACAUUCAGUUAAAUUUUCCACACAUCUGACAUGCACACACACACACACACAUACACACACUCAACUCAAUGCAAUCAUGCAAAACAGCUUCUGUGCUGUCACUGUAUGGAAUCCCAGAAUAAAUGUAUAGAUAUAUAUAUAGAUGAUUAUAUAGCAUUGUUUUUACUUGGGAGAACUUGGUUCAGUGUGGUGUAAAUAUACUCAUGCCCUCUUUCUCUCUCUUUCCUUCUCUCUUUUACCUCUUUUCUCUUUCUCUCCACCCCUAACCUAUAUAUGUUUUUCUUAUUCUCUCUCUGUCUGCAUUUCAUUGUCUCAUAUUAUAGAAUAUACUCUAAAAGCCUGCCUGGUUUUCUUACAUGUGUGAAAAUGCAUUGAGUUAAAAAAAAAAAUCAAUAUAUGGGGUACAAAAAAGAGUUAACAUGAAAAUGUCAGUACUACAAAUAUUGGUAUGAGUUUUUGGUUUCCUCCAGUUGAGUUUCUGGUGUAACUGUUGGUGCCGCAAUAUUCAGUGUCAGCUGUCAUCCCAGGACUAGUGUCAUCGCCAUUAUUAUUAUUAUUAUAAACCCAUGAAAUAAAAACCCUUUCUUUGUUAGCCCAGUACUUGCAUCCCAUACCUUUUUGUGACUUCCUGUCCUUUGAUGACAGGUGAAUGAGCUAAAGCAGGGUACUGCAUGUGCAAACAAGCAAACAAAACAAAAACAAGAAGCUAGACUCUUCUGUCUACUGUACUUUCUCUCUUUACGUUUCCAACUAUCUCUUUCUGUCUGUAUUUGUCUCCCUAUACAGUGUUCUAAGCUAGUUUCAGUCUGUGUUUCUGAAAGUCCAUUCUGGUUCUCCUUAAUAACUAUCCAUAUUCUGUCUUAAUUUUGACAUACUAGAUCUGAUAUCUCCAGUAUUGUUUUGCAGCUAGCAUCAUUAAAGCUAGAAAUGUUGAAGUUUGUUGUAUGACAAAUAUCAAGCUGAGGUAUUAACCAAAUUGUGCAUCUCAACCAUGAUCAGAGUUCACAGUAUGAAAGAAGUGGACUAAAAGUUUUUAAUAUGGGAUUAUCUGAGUGCAUUCAUUGGGUCAGGUUCACAUUUCCUUGUGAAGUGGAUGACUUAUAAUGUAAGUAUAAAGGACAGAUCAUUCCCAGCUUCCUCAGAAUAGAGCUGAUUCUCUGUGGAGCUGAUCUAUCUCAAAAUCUACAAGUGUUGUCACAAGUGUUGAGACCAGUGAGAGAGUACAGGACCCUAACACUGGAAAUUUGUGUUUAAUACUCUUUUAACACAACAGAUCCAACUCUGAGGGCCUUGAUAAUUUACUGAUGAGUUGAACAAGGUGUGUUAAAAUUGUUUGAAUUCCUCUAGGACUGCAGACUGACACCAUGGCUCCACACCCAACGUUUCCCAAACUGGUGCUCAGGGACUUUAAGUAUACAGUAUUCUAUGUGGGUUGGUUCAUGUAUGUUGGGAGUUGCAAGACGCAAAAAGAAUUACCUGUCUGUGAACCUGGGGUUUGGGAAACACUGCUUUAGACUUAUCAUAGACCUUUAUCAUAGACCUCACGUUUGCAGUUACAACCACUAGAUGGUGCAUUAUGUCAGAUAUCCACCUUCUCUUCAUCUUUCUCCCUUCUCUAUGGUACAGGUAGCAGUAUUUGCGAUGCACCUUAUGUUAAUGGUGGAUCAUUGCAGAGAUCUAUUUCUAAAUUAUGUUUAUCCAUUUUUCUUUUUGUAGUUCUGUAUACUAUUAAGUGUAAAUCGUUCUGUUUACUUUUUACUGUAUGACUAGAUGUUAUAGAUGUUAUAGACAUCUAUAUUAAGGUGUAGAAUAGUAUAGUUUCUGUGACUAUUGUUUUAAAAUCAGCCAUUUUGUAUAAUUUCAUGUAAAUAGUGUUGCCUUGAACAGUCUUCUCCUUACUACAGUUGUUAAGUGCACACUUACAUAAACUGACCCACAUAAAGGGUUUGAGAAUUGUGUGUGUGUACUUUCCUAUGUAAUAUGUUCACAACAGUGUCAUCUCCAACGGGCAAAGAAAACACAAUAUGUUGUUUUUCCACAAACAUUGUUAAUUUGACUGUCUAUGUUAGCGCUGUUUUGGAAUGAGAAGUCUUCCUUUUCAAUAAAUAUUCAUAUGUCAUGGA